AUGAGCUCGGUAGACUUCGGACCGAGCUCACAGACGCUCACCUUCAACGAGUCGGAUGAACUGAUCGGAGGAGGAACUCAAGCGACCGACUAUGAAUUUACCGAUUUCACCAUGCCAAGCCAAAGUCAAAGUCUUGCGUCGCAGGAUUUUGAUGGCCUUGGCGGGAAGACGCCACGAGGAUUAGGAUCGCAGAUUAUCGAAGAGGACGAGUUUGAAGAUCAACUCGCAGAGGACAUCAAUGAUCUACAGUUCAAAGAAGAUGAGGAAGAAUACGACGAAAAUAUCGACUCGAUUCAAGCCAAAGACCUGCCCGAGCAUGCAUGCUCUUAUUGCGGCCUGCACGACCCGAUGUACGUAGUGAAAUGUCAACUGACAAAGAAGUGGUUUUGCAACGGACGCGGGACAACCUCCGGCUCGCAUAUCAUCAAUCAUCUCGUCCGGGCCAAGUGCAAAGAAGUCAGCCUGCACAAGGGAGGGCAACUUGGCGACACCGUGCUCGAAUGCUUCUCUUGCGGCUGUCGAAACAUCUUUCUUCUCGGCUAUAUUCCGGCCAAAGGAGAUUCCGUCGUGGUCCUUCUUUGUCGGACCCCUUGCGCCGCUCAGGCAAAGAAAGAAAAAGACAAAUGGGACGCAACGGAAUGGGCUCCGAUCAUCCAAGACCGCGCUUUUCUUUCCUGGAUCGUGAAGGUUCCUUCCGACGGGGAGCAGUCCCGCGCUCGUCAAAUCUCCGCGCAGCAAAUGAACAAACUCGAGGAGCUGUGGAAGGAUCAGCCGGACGCGACUGUGGACGAUAUUCUCCGCGGCAACGUCGCCGUAGACGAUGUACAGUCCGUAUCUCUCCGUUACCAAGACGCUUACCAGUACCAGAACAUCUUCGGCCCGUUGAUUCUCCGCGAGGCCGACUACGACAAGAAAACGAAAGAAAGUCAGACGCAAAAUGCCAUCACAAACGUUCGCUGGGACACGGCGCUGAAUAAACGAAAAGUUGCCUACAUGAAUUUGCCGAAAACGGACUCGGAAAUGCGACUCAUGUGUGGAGACGAAGUUCGAUUGCGAUUACCAGCGGAAAACUGGGAAUCGACAGGUCACGUGGUCAAAGUUCCAGAUAAUUUUGGGGAUGAAAUUGGUCUCGAACUCAGAGCAAAUGUCCCACACGGAAUCCUUGAAACUUCCCGUGGGUUUUCCCUCGAAUUCAUCUGGAAAUCCACCUCUUUCGAUCGAAUGCAAGCUGCCCUAAAAGCCUUCGCCGUUGAUGAGUCCUCGGUCUCUGGCUAUCUCUACCACAAACUCCUCGGCAACGAUAUCGAAGAGCAAAAUCUCAAGAUUCCCUCGCUUCCGCGACGAUUUUCCGCGCCUGGACUUCCAGAUUUAAAUCAUUCCCAAGCGUAUGCAGUGAAGACAGUCUUGCAGAAGCCUCUAUCGCUGAUUCAAGGGCCUCCUGGAACAGGGAAGACGGUUACUUCAGCGACGCUGGUUUAUCAUCUGGUCAAAUCGACGGAGAUGGGACAGGUUCUCGUCUGUGCACCGUCGAAUAUUGCUGUUGAUCAGCUUACGGAGAAGAUUCAUAAAACUGGCUUGAAAGUCGUUCGUCUUUGCGCGAAGAGCCGUGAAAACGUCGACUCUUCUGUCGGAGCGCUCUCACUCCACAACCAAGUCAAGAACUUAAAUGAACAACGCGAGCUACGAAAACUCUGCGAACUCAAGAGCGAAAUGGGCGAACUUGCUCCGAAUGACGAAAAGCGUUAUCGAUCCCUUCGACGACAAGCUGAGAAAGAUCUCUUGCUCAAUGCUGAUGUCAUUUGCACUACUUGCGUUGGCGCUGGCGAUCCUCGACUUGCCAAGUUUCGAUUUAGAGCGGUUCUGGUCGAUGAGUCUACUCAAGCAACGGAACCAGAGUGCAUGGUUCCGAUCGUUCUGGGCGCAAAGCAAGUCAUUCUAGUCGGAGAUCAUUGCCAACUUGGCCCUGUUGUCAUGUGCAAAAAGGCAGGAAACGCUGGUCUUUGCCAGUCGCUUUUUGAGCGCCUCGUCAUCUUGGGAAUCCGACCCAUUCGACUGCAAGUGCAAUAUCGAAUGCACCCCGCGCUAUCUCAAUUCCCAUCGUCCGUGUUUUACGAAGGCUCGCUCCAAAACGGCGUUAAUCCAGCAGACCGUUCCGCGAGUGGCUUCAACUGGCCCGUUCCCGACAAGCCGAUGUUUUUCUACAAAUGCCACGGACAGGAAGAAAUUGCAUCCAGUGGCACUUCGUAUCUGAACAGAGCGGAAGCAGCAGUCGUGGAAAAGAUCACAACGCGAUUGCUCAAAGCUGGUGUCAAGCCGGAACAAAUCGGAAUCAUCACGCCCUACGAAGGCCAGCGCUCCUAUCUCGUCCAAUUCAUGCAGUUCAAUGGACCGCUGCAUACGAAACUCUACCAAGACGUUGAAGUAGCCUCCGUUGAUGCUUUCCAGGGACGAGAAAAGGACUACAUCAUCCUCUCAUGCGUCAGAGCUAACGAACAUCAAGGCAUUGGAUUUCUGAAUGAGCCGAGACGACUGAAUGUGGCGCUGACUAGAGCGAGAUAUGGGGUCAUCAUCGUUGGUAAUCCAAAAGCGCUCUCCAGACACUCGAUGUGGAACAACUUGCUUACGUAUUUCAAGGACAACCAUACUCUGGUCGAAGGACCUCUCAACGAUCUGCGAGAAUCAGCAAUCCAAUUCGUCAAGCCAAGAACCGACAAAAACCUUGGCCAACAAGGCCGAUGGGCUCAGACCGCCACUUGGGAUGCUAAAGAAGCACUCGUCCCAGGAGGGCCUUAUGAUCGACAACGGAACGCGCCGCGAACAUACGAUCCAAUGGGCCGAAUUUCUCAUCAUCCAGGCAAUCUUCCAGGCGUUGGCGUUCCAAUGAACAUGGUGAUGGGCUCUCAGUACGGUUCGCGACCACCACGAGCAGCUGGAAAAGGCGGCAAGGGUUACAUGCGCAAUCGCGACGACCGCGGCGGCUCUGGCGAUGGUCCUCUCAGCCAGGACAACAUGACGCAAUCGUUCUCCCAGGGAUUCACGCAGGGCUCCAACUCGCAGCAAAUGAGCCAAUCUGGCCUGAGCCAAGGCAUGGGAAGCCAGCUGAGCCAGGGAUUCAGCCAGGGUUUCUCACAGGGCAUGGGCUUUAGCCAGGACAUCGACGCCAGCCAAGCCGAGCAGUGGGGACGCAGCCAGCUCGACUUGCUCAGCCAGGAUACCACUUACCAAGGAGAACGAGGAUAUUCUGGGGGCAUUGAUUUCUCGCAAAUUUAG